AUGAGCGCACUCACUCCUGCACAGCUAAAAGCUUUCUUCACUCUUUUACCUGUUGAGCAAAUGCUGUUUUUCCCGGCGCUCUGUUUCAUCCGGCUGUCAAUUCUAGCUUUUAUUCCCCGUCUUCGUCGAGAUCGCCCAUUCAUGCGAUGGAUAUGGGGCAUCGGCGCUAUCAUUGUUUUGAUCACUCUAGCAGCAUUACUAUUCUUCCUCCUCGAGUGUCAACCUAUCGCGGACCUGUUUGAUCGCAUGAAGGAUAAUAGGCAUUGUGUCAGCCAAAAGUCGGAGGCUCAUUUGCUCUGGGCGCAUGCUUUCAUCGGGAUUUUCAUUGACGCCGCACUAUUCGGACUGCCUAUCUGGGUCAUUUACAAAAACAUGAGGUUCGGUUCUCAGGCUAUAAAAGUCAUCCUUGUCUUCUGUGUUGGCUUAGUUGCCAUUGUCGUUGGCAUUAUUCGACUUGGCUUCAUGAUGACAACUGACUUUGGCGUUGACACGACUUAUAAGAUGGGCAGAGUUGCUAUUUGGGUGUCAAUUGAAUUACACGUUGGACUCUGGUGCGGCAGCUUCCCUGCUCUUCAGCCUCUGAUUCGCCUCGUGUCCUACCAGGUCGGCCUCCGGAGUCACCUGUACAGUACAGACAAGACACCCGCUCGAGGAACUCGGACAGGAACUCGGCCUGGUGCAAGUCAAUAUAUCAGGCAGUCUCAUGUUGCCGACACCGACCCUGGGAGUGACGGGGCGAGCGCAAGAGCUAUCGUGACCAGCGGCAACGCGACGACAGAAUCUGUGGAGCUUGGGCAUGUGGAUGGCAAAGGUAUCAGUGUGAAGACUGACGUGACGGUGAGGAUAGAAGAUCAAGUUUACUCUCGAGACAGGGGUAAAAUGGAAACAACAUGGGAUGCAGUUUAA